AUGUCUCGGACCGCAGUGCAAGGAGAGCCAAAUGAGACCACCUCAUUGGUGGAAAGCGCCCAACCUGCUGAUCCAAAAUACCUUCCCAAAGAUCAAAUUGAGUGGGAGUUUGGUGGACCAGCCGGUGCGUUAGGAAUGAUGAUCGGAUUCCCUCUUUUGAUGGUAUACAUGUGGCUUUCGGCUCGUUUUUACAAUGGAUUGCCUGCGUGGCCAACAGAGGAACAGACAUGGUCCGUUUUCGGCUUGGAGUUGUGGCAAUUAUUCGUCGAGAACGCCAUUCCAUCGCCAAUGGUAGUAUUGGUAUUCACCACAUUCUUCGUCGUCCAGGGUCUCUUUUAUUUGACUUUGCCUGGUAUCUGGAGUAAGGGUUUGCCAUUGGACCAUUUGAACGGCCGCCAAUUGCCAUACUACUGUAAUGCGGUGUGGUCUUUCUAUGUGACAAACGUCAUCUUGCUCGGCAUGCACUUCUACGGAAUUAAAUUGUACUACAUCUUGGACCAUUUUGGUGAGAUGAUGAUUACCGCCAUUGCCUACGGUUUCAUUUUCUCCAUUGGCUUGUACUUGUACACUCUCUAUGUCUCCAAGGAUUACCAUCGCAUGACUGGAAACCCCAUCUACGACUGUUUCAUGGGCGCACCAUUGAACCCACGUGUGGGCAAAUAUUUGGACAUCAAGAUGUUCUUCGAGGUCCGUCUUCCUUGGUACUUCCUUCAUUUCUUGGCCGUUGCAGCUGCUUUGAAGCAGUACGACACCUACGGCUACGUUUCUCCUCAGAUGGCAUUUGUGGUGUACGCCUUCUGGUUGUAUGCCAACGCUUGUUCCAAGGGUGAGGAGUUGAUCGUUCCAACCUGGGACAUGGCCUACGAGAAGUUCGGCUUCAUGCUUUGUUUCUGGAACAUCGCCGGUGUUCCUUUCACCUACUGUCACUGUACCUUGUUCUUGCUGUACCACGAUCCUCUGGAGUACCAAUGGUCUUGGCAAUACAACACCGCCUUGUUUGUGGUGUUGACCAUUGCCUACUACUUCUUUGACACUGGAAACAGACAAAAGAACAGUUUCCGUAGAGUUAUGGGCGGCAACAACACCAUCCGUAAAACGUUCCCAUACUUGCCAUACUCGGACUUGGUCAACCCGACCUACAUUAAGUGCAAGAACGGUUCUGUCUUGUUGACUGAUGGAUGGUACAAGUACGCGCGUAAGGCUCAUUACACCGCCGAUUACACUCAAGCGCUCACCUGGGGCCUUAUCUGUGGCUUCCAGUCGCCAUUUCCAUGGUUUUUCCCAGUAUUCUUCUUUAUUGUCUUGGUUCACAGAGCCUACAGAGACCAAAGAAAGUGUGCUCGUAAGUACGGUGAGGACUGGGACCGCUAUCUUGAGGCUUGUCCUUACAUGUUCAUUCCUUACGUUUGGUAA